CACGUGGCAUCCAUACACGCAUUCUGUUACAGAGGAAGAACAUGAUGAGCGGGUUUAUAAUGACAGUUCGUUGUGUAAUGAUUCCUUAUUUUACCAUUUCGUUCUCCUUAUCUUGAAAAACUAAAUUCUUGCAAGUGCUUUUGUUACCGAAAGAUUUUGGAGUGCUGAAGAAGGAAAUUUCUCUCCGUUCCUCUAAUUCGCCAUUAAUAUCCUUCUUCAACACUCCUCCCUCUUGCUCUCAUUCACUUUCCAGUUUUCCAGAUUCAACGUAUCGGGACUCUCUGUGUUCGAAGCCGACGUUUUUGGACUCGCUUGGCGGCUACUUGGCACCGCAACCAGAGUCAAUUCGGCUUAUUUAUUUGUGUUGCUAAUUGAAGGAGAAAGUCGAAAGAGUCGGAUCAAUUGAGGAUAGAGAAGACGAACGGAGCUGCCGCAAGAUAAACCUCGCAAGCUUGUUAAAUUCGUAUAAAACGGCGUCAGAUUGGCUUUGCAGCGCAUCCAAUUCGAUCCCUCUGUUCUGUCUACUCCAGAUCCUUUACGUAAAUUUUUUGCAUGGUUGCCUCUGAAUCCAUGGCCGUCACCCUCCCUGCUUUAGAUGGCAACAGCAACAAGUCAAUUCCCCGAUGGUUCUCGUUGCCUCUCACCACCUUCCCUGCAGAUGGCAACGACAUGACACCACCGCGGCUGUCGUUACCCGCCACCACCUCUGUUUCAGACGCCACCAACGUCAUACCGCCGCGGUUGUCAUUACCCACCAUCUUCUCUGCUUCAUAUGGCACCAACACGACAUCGUCUCUAGGAUCUCUGGACGCCGCCCCCUCUGUUUCAGAUGGCAAUAACACGACGUCGUUGUCGCCAGCCACCUUGUCUGCUUCAGAUGGCACGGACACCGCACCGCCGCAGGUGCCGUUGCCGGUCACCUCGUCUCUUUCAGAUGGUAAAAACAUCAAACUUCAGCAAGUCUCGUCGCCGGCUACCCCGUAUUCUUCAGAUGGCAAAAACACGACACUGCCGCAGUUCUCGUUGCCUGCUACCUCUGCUUCAGCUGACAACAAUGACACUGUGUCGUUUCCGGUCAACCCUCCUUCUCCAGAUGGCAGUAAUAACUCGGCUCGGCCGCGGAAGUCGUGUUGGAAGAAAGCAUUGGAUGUGAAAGAGGUCAAGAAACAGGUUUACCUUUCUUUUCCUCUCAUCUUAACUACUGUCUCCUACACUGGUAUCACCAUGAUCUCAGUCAUGUUUGCUGGCCAACUUGGUGAUCUUGAGCUCGCUGGCGCAACUCUUGGCAAUUCUUGGGCGACUGUCACCGGCUUUGCCUUCAUGACAGGGUUAAGUGGAGCACUUGAGACUCUAUGCGGACAAGGAUUCGGUGCACAAUUAUACGGAAAGAUGGGGAUCGAUCUUCAAGCUGCAUGCAUCGUGUCAUUCACAUUCUCAGUUCUCGUAUCAAUCUUGUGGUGGUUCACUGAGCCAAUACUCAUCUUGCUUCACCAAGCUCCUAGCAUCUCGAAACAAGCCGCUGUGUACAUGAAGUAUCUAAUCCCGAGUUUGUUCGCAUAUGGAUUUAUCCAGAACGUUUUGAGAUUUCUGCAGACACAAUCCCUUGUUCUGCCAUUGAUGGUGUGCUCGAUGCUCCCGGUCGGCAUUCAUUUCGGGGUGGUUUACGCUUUGGUUCAUAAGACACAGCUUGGCUACAGGGGAGCUCCCUUGGCUGUUUCAAUCUCGAUGUGGAUAUCCAUCUUCUUGCUGGCUGGCUACGUGUCUUGGGCCAAGAAAUUAAAGCAGACGUGGCAAGGAUUUUCCAUGGAAUCAUUCUUCCACGUCUUCUCCUACUUGAAGCUGGCAUUGUAUUCUGCAGCUAUGGUUUGUUUGGAAUACUGGACUUUUGAGAUUCUAGUGUUCUUAGCAGGAUUAAUGGAAAAUCCAGAAAUGACUACUUCUGUGAUCGCAAUGUGCGUAAACACAGAAACUAUUUCUUACAUGCUCACCUAUGGUCUAAGUGCUGCUGCAAGCACAAGGGUCGCCAAUGAGUUGGGAGCUGGAAAUCCUGAUAAAGCAAAAAGGGCCAUGAGUCUAACUCUCAAAUUCUCAAUAUUCCUUGCCUGUAUAGUAAUUAUCUUACUAGAUGCUGGUCAUAAAACUUGGGCUGGCUUUUUCAGUAAAAGCCCUAUGAUCAUAGAGGGAUUUGCUAUGAUGACACCCUACCUAUCAGCCGCCAUAGUAUUUGACUCCAUUCAGGGUGUUUUAGCAGGGGUAGCGAGAGGAUGUGGGUGGCAGCACUUAGCCGUAUAUGUUAACUUGGCAAUGUUCUUUUUCCUCGGCCUACCAAUCGCAGCCCUCCUUGCUUUUAAGACGAGCCUACACAUUAAGGGUUUAUGGAUUGGUUUAAUAUGCGGGUUGGGGUGUCAAACCACCACCCUCUUGCUGAUCACCUUCUGCAGAAACUGGAGGAAAUUAAAUCUUAGGGUAGACAGAGAAGUAGCAGCCACUCCAGUAGAUUCUAAUUGCUAGUUAGAUGAACAUCACGAGUGUGACAAAUUUUUUUUUUUUUUUUUUUUUUACUCUGGUUAUAGUAGGACACUCGGGCAUUUGAUGUUAUUAUUUUAGUCUUAUUAUUAUUAUUUUUUUAUAGCAAAAAUUGAGACAACAAAUAGAGGAAAUAUACGCAAUUAGGAAUAUGUAUCUCAUGUUAUUUAUAUAGACAGUGUUAAAAAAGUCUGAU